AAAUGUGAACUCAUAUACUAGCAUAUUCUGUGACUUCACUUUUAUUGAUUAGCAAAAUUUUCAUGCUUUCAUUGUGGAAGGGUGUGUUUUUUUAACUUGUUGCUUUCAUGUUGUGUUAGAGGAACUCAAUCAAGUUUUACAAAGAAAAUGCGGAAUUUACAACUUUGGCGAACUUCCGCGAGAAAACUUGAUUAUUUAAGUGAUGAAAUAUCAUGCGCCUGCUAUGGUCGUCAUGGAGCAUGCCCUGCCGGAGAAUUAUUUAUAUGCACACAUAACCUUAUUGUCCGAUGUUUUACUAAAAAUGGAAGGUUAAAAUGGUCUAAAGACCUUUCUGAGAUAUCCUCACUCCGUAACGCGCCAGUCAAUGCAACUUAUCUGAGUUUGGUAAACACCCUGAGCAUUGGGCUAUCAAAUGGGGAAAUAUUUGGAAUGACUGAAACUGGUGCUGAUCUUGAAUUAAAAGGUAUCUGUGAAGAUGGGAUCUUGGCAUUUGAAUGGAGUCACGAUCAAGAGACAUUGGCUUUAGUAACAAAGGACUACAGGGUUAUGGUAAUGUCAUGCACAUAUGACGUAGUGAAUCAUGUGGACCUGCUAACAGAAGAAUUUGGUGCAAAAGAAUUUAUAACUGUUGGAUGGGGAAAGAAAGAAACUCAAUUCCAUGGCUCAGAAGGCAAACAUGCUGCAAAAGCCAAAAGCGACUUCUUUGUUGAUAAACAUGCAUUGAUUAAUAAUCAAGUAUUAAUAUCUUGGAAAUAUCAUGGACGCUUGUUUGCUGUUGGAUUUACAAUGGAAGGAAUAAGACGCUUUAAAGUUUUUGAUCGUGGAGGAAAGUUGCUCUACACCAGCGAGAGACAGCAGGGUCUUGAAGCAAACUUGGGGUGGCGUCCCAGUGGCAACACUAUUGCAACAACGCAGAGACUCUCAGAUAAAUAUGUUGUUACAUUCUUUGAAAAAAACGGUUUGAAACAUGGAGAAUUUGAAAUACCUGAAAUUGAAAAUAUAGAAGUACAAAAAGUUUUGUGGAGCCAAGAUUCAGAGAUUUUGACUUUAGUUUGUAAGGACUUGAAGGAUCGUUCUCCUAAAGUUCUAUUAUUCACAAGUAGCAACUAUCACUGGUACCUCAAGCAGACACUUACAUUUAGUGGUCAUAGUAAAUUAAGCCAGAUUAUGUGGGAUAAUGGUUUUGAUACUACACACAACAAAACACUCCAUAUUCUGUUCAAAAAUGGAUGUUACUAUACAUAUUCAUGGGUUUGGGAUGUUGACCACAGUACUGGAAAAUGUAUAAAAGAUGAUGCAAUAGUGUCAGUUAUUGAUGGAAAAAAACUAUUAGUGUCUUCAUUCCGUCAAUCAGUAGUACCACCCCCUAUGGCGAAUUUAGAAAUUGAGACAGAUACUUUUAUAGACUCAGUGCAGUUUCUCAUGGAACCUUGUGAUGAUUCUGACUUCAACUCUUUUUUUAUUUGUUCUGCCAACAUGUUGACAUUCUACCAACAAAUUCAGAAGAAGCCACUCAAGUAUGUGGUUACUAAAACUAUAUGUUUAAAUACAUUUGAAUUUCCAUUUCAAUAUUAUAAUUGGUACUGGUGGAAACAAAAUGUUUUAGCUGUUAUUCAAUUGGAUGAUGAUAGUAAUUAUAAAUUGUUAUUAUUUACAAUAUUGGAAAAUGGAUUAGAAGAGAUUUAUUCUAAAAGCUUACCUGCAGCUGUUGUACGAAUUCAUUCCCAUCCACUGAUACCUAAGCUAUACUUUCACCUUGAAACUGGUAAAGUUAUGGAAUAUAAUUCUGAAGGCUUAGAGGAACUAGCUGAAUCAUUCCCAGUCGCAUGUCCAAAAUUCUGUGUUUUGCCCAUUGGAGACCUAGGCUACUUUGUAGGUCUAACACAUAAGGGGCUUUUAUAUCUUCAGGACAGAGUCAUAAUGAACAAUGUUGGAUCAAUUUUUGUUCACACUGAUUACUUUCUCAUAACAUCAAAAAAAAAUUUUAUGCUAUGCACCAAACUGACUCAAGAUGGCCUGGGAGCAGUAAUUGAUUAUGAUGAUACAGAAUCUCCCGAUGUUUAUAAAAGAAGAGUGGAAUGCGGGUCAAAAAUUGUUGUAGUCGUCCCUAAUGACACAAGGACAGUGCUACAAAUGCCUCGAGGUAACCUGGAAGUUAUUGAACCAAGGCCCCUUUCACUUAAAAUUGUUGGUGAAUACUUGAAUUCUCUUAAGUACUAUGAAGUAUUUGAUUUGAUGAGGAAACAAAGAAUCAAUCUUAAUUUAAUAUAUGAUCAUAAUCCUCAACUCUUUGUCGAUAAUAUUGAUAAAUUUUUGGAAAUAAUAAAUAAUAACUCGUGGCUCAGCCUCUUUCUGACAGAUCUAGAAAACAAAGAUGUUACCAAAACUAUGUAUGCAACUAGCUACAUCUGUAGUGAGGAGAAUAAGGACUGUGACAAAAAAGUGGAUUUCAUUUGUGAUCUUGUAAGAGAGCGGCUUAAUUCAGGAACAGACAAAUUAGCUAGAGUGCUGCCAUUGCUAACCACCUUCGUUAAAAAGAACACAAUACAAGACUUAGAAAGCGCACUAAUCAUUAUUAAAGAUCUAAAAAACCUAGAAUUUAACGGUUCUAAACUGCCAGUAUCUUCAGAUGAAGCUCUAAAGUACCUACUUUAUAUUGUUGAUGUUAAUAAGUUGUUUGAUGUUGCCCUAGGAAUGUAUGAUUUUGAUCUGGUGCUAUUAGUAGCCAAUAAAUCUCAAAAGGAUCCCAAAGAAUACAUACCUAUGCUAAAUGAAUUGAAUGCAAUGGAUGAAAACUACAAAAGGUUUACCAUUAACAAAAAUUUAAAAAGGUAUCUCUUAGCCGUUGAUAGUCUCAUUAAAUGUGGUCCAAGCAAACAUGAAGAAUUAAAAACAUUUGUAAAAUACCAUAGUUUGUAUAGAGAUGCAUUAAAAAUGUUAACACCAGGUGAUUAUAUUUAUAAACAGAUUUGUGAUGAUUUUGGUGCAUAUUUAAAGUUAAAAAAACAAUACCUAGAAUCUGGGAUAAUGUUUGAAAGGGCUGAUAAUAUAGAAAAGGCUUUAGAAUGUUACAAAGAAGUUAUGGAAUGGGAGUUGGCUAUAAAAUUGGUACAACACUUACCUACAGAUGAAUUCAAAGCAAUAUGUUGGGAUUUUGUUGAAGCUCUAAAGCAAGAAAAGCGUCAUAGUGAGGCUUUAAGGAUUCUAGAGAUGCUAGGUGAUAAUGAAAUAGAAACUAUAAAGUUUGCUGUGGAAAAUGGAGAAUUUAAGUCUGCUAUACGACUAUGUUAUAGCUUUGACAUGCACACGUUUUUAGAGACAGAUGUUAAACCAGCAGUUAUAGAAGAGUUUAAUAAUUUAAAGGAUCUAUUAGAGACAAAUUUGAAAAAUUUCAAGAACUAUAGAGAUCGCUUACAAGUAGUUCGGGAGAAUAAAUCCAAAGCUCCACCCAGGAAUGAACAUAUUCCCUACUAUAAUCGUGACUAUGACUUAUAUUCUGAUGUUGGAAGCACUAUUGGCUCUUCUACUGGAUCAAGCCGCUCCUAUCGCUCAAGCAAGAACCGCAGGAAACAUGAACGGAAAGUUGCCUCAUUGAAGGAAGGAUCACAAUAUGAAGACACAGCCUUGGUGAUGGCCCUACAUUCACUGGUCACAGCUACAUUUGAAUUACGACCGUUGGUCAGGGAAAUAAACUUAGCUCUUUGCAGCUUAUAUAAGGAUGAUGAAGCUAAGAUACUACAGUACCUCCUAGAUAGAGUGCUACAAGAAAUGAAAGACAGUUUCAAUCAAAUUUGGACAGACACUUUUGUCAUAGAGGCGACAAUGGCAGUAAUAGCAGCUGAACAAGCAGGGGGCAGCAUUAUACGCCAAGGGAUUGCAACUUUAGAACCUAGUGUCAGAAUAGCUCCUGUUAUUCAAGAUGUACGUUGGAAAUUAGAUUUAGACUAAUUUCUAAAACUUUAGAAUCCCUUCUAUUUAUCAAAUUCAGCAUAGAAUUGUACAAUUUUUAUUGUUAUAUCUCAGAAAGUUAAUAACAUUUUGAAUGUAUAUAAGAAAACUUCAUUAUUAACUAUUCUAAUGUAGAUCUUCAAAUACAAAAAAGUUUAAAUUUGUGUCUAAAUUUAUAUAUCAUA